AGUAUAGAAACUGGAAAAAAAGGAAAAAAAAUAAACAAGUUUUACACUUCAAAAUCAAAGCAACUACUAGAGAAUUUAUAUACUAGAUAGGAAUACAAAUAUAAGUACUUAAAAAACCAAACAAAAAAUGGCAAAAUCUUCUUGCACAGGCGCUCUCAAGCCCGCCAUCGUCUAUCAGAAGCUAAUGGUGGAAAACUUGACCGUUGUGCGUCCGCCUAUAUUAAAGAUCUAUUACUGGGAGAGUUUCGAUAUAACAGGUCUCAACAAGAAACUGCGCUCUAAUAAGAAGGAACACGAACAUGUUCUCACUAUUCCGAUACGUCAGAUACAAAGUCAGCCGCUAAAGAUGAUCUUCUGGCUGCGGAACAUGUCAGCGAAGCCCCUCAACAUUAAACUGAGGCGCAUUCAGAAUUGUCAGUGCCAACCACAACAGACUCGAGUGGGUUUUAAUCAGUUCCAAAAACUCUUCCAUUGUCCACAUCGUCGGCUCAUUAAUGUGAGCCAAGAAAUUCUAAAUAUGCAACCAGAUGAAGUUCUGCCUCUGAGUGUAACUGCUCAGUUCUAUCUCUACGGCGAGCAUUAUCUAACCUAUGAACUAACCACUGGCGAUGAACGCAAAUUCGAGUGGAGCUUUAAGUUGCAGAUUUCGGAAUUUGAUCUGGAGAAAUGUUUGCUCACCAACGAGCUGCUGCCCAUAAACAUAAAACAAUUUCAGCACAUUACACAACCGAUUUGGGUCCAGAAUAUAACUAUGGCACAUCUUUCAUUCGCCUUCUCAUCGCGUGAACGCAACUGCAAGUUGCACAACUCGAAUUUGACAGUGCCUCGACAAAGUGUUUGGCCUCUGCUCAUUGAGUAUCGUCCUCUGGAUUAUGACAAUGAGAUCGAGUUAAUGCUGGCCUACGAAAAUGCCAGGGCACGUUAUAAGAUCAAGGCACGUGGUGUGAUCACCGAUGAGAAUGAGGUAACUGACAUGCCACUCAAGGAUCGAGAAUCUUCCGAUUAUCUCUUCAUCAUUUAUCCGAAUCGUUUAAACUUUGAGAUCUGUGCCAAGGAAACUCGCACCCAGCUGGUCAACGUACACAAUUCGGGACAGAAGUGCAUGGAAUUCCGUUGGCAAAACUAUAUCAUUAGCGACUUUUUUGCUGUCACCUUUGAGCCGCAAAUCUUCCGCCUCAAGAGACAUCAUUCGAAGCUCUGUGAGAUUCGCGUAGCGGUCUUUGAGCGUCUCGUCUUCUUCCGUCGCAUUCCCAUUGUGUUGGAGGUGCAUCGCAUUCUCGAUCUUGCCACACAAAUCGCCAAGGCAGAGCUCUCAGAAAUCGAGUCCAUCGACGAUCCCAAGUGGAAGGAGGACAGCUAUGUGGAGCACGUUUUUCUCCAACUAAAUAUUCGAGUGCAUGUGCGCAACAACGAAGACAAAGCCGAGGAUGUGGGCGAUGAAAUCGAAGGCAACUGCGAACCUUGCGGUGGAGUUGGCACCGAGGUAGCUGAGGGAGCUGCCGGGGAUGGUUUACCCACGACACCAACUGCGGAGCAACAGAAGGCUGCGGAGCGGGAGGAGUUAGUGAAGCGUUUGUCCAACAAGCGCAAACUGAAUGCCAAUGAAAUUAUCGAGCUGAGCAUGGCCAUCGAUCAUCGCAUCACCAUAUUCGAGAAGCUCUUCUGGAAGUAUCUCUCGAAAACGAACUUUAUGCGCGUCUCACCUGAACGCACUCGCAAUAAAUUCAACAAGACCUACGAGCAGUUGAUUGUCGCUUCGGAUAGUUCCUUAAAUCCACUAGCGACAAGCAAUCAAUCGUUUGUGGAUCACAACGUUAUUUUGUCCAUACUUAAUCGUCUCAUGGUGGAGGCCAUUAACGAUCUGGCUAAGAACUGGAUAUUUAUACCCUCCGAUUAUUACGACCGUACGAAUUAAGCUCUUCAAAAGUUCUUAAAUGUAAAUGUUCUUCCUGCAUUAAAUAAGCUCAAAUCGCAAAUUG